AUGGCGGGGAUGGCCCUUUCCCUGUGCCUGAUCCUCGCUGCUGCCCUGCAGCCCGGCCUGGCCCGGGCACCGGGACCCCCGGCCCGCCCCGGCCCGCUGCUCCUGCGGCUGCGGCGCCUGGAGGAGCAGAUUCCGACAGGCAGGGACCCGGCAUGGGGACGUGUGUUCACUCCACGUCAUCCCACUCCUUUGCAGUUUCUCCGGCUCCAGGAGGUGACACUGAACCAUCUCCAGAGCAUCGCCAGCAACUACAACAUCUCCUACAACAUCGACGGACGAUUCCAGGCACUGGCGGAGCAGGCAGAAGUGGCUGAUGCUGCCCGGGCCGCGCUGGGUGCCGAGCUGGCCCGCCUGGCCACUGCUGGCCGGCGGCUACGCCGGAGGCUGAAGAAGCUGGAGGAGACAGUGGGUGCCCUGAGCCCACCACACACCCAGCUCACCCACCCAGCGGCCGCACUGGAGGCUGGCACCAAACCGCAGGGGCUGCCGGACGCUGCCCGGAGCACCCCCAGCCCUCGCCGCCCCAAGACGAGGCGGUGGCAGCAGCACCGGCAGGAGGACGGGCAGCGGCUGCUGGGUGAUGCCAGGCCCGGUGGAGCGCCCGGGGAGGAUGAGGAGAGCCCUGGGGAUGUAGCAGCAGCACCCCAGAGCAUGGCAGCGGUGCUCCCCACCGUAACCACGGCUCCCCAGGAGCAGCCCCCAGGCCCCCCUGCCCCGGUGCCCACCGCCCCCGCCUGUCGCACCGGCUCCGUUCUGCUCUUCCCCAACACCUCCGCCGAGCACGGGGCCGUGCUGGGGCUGGGGCCACACCGGGGCCUGCGGGCGGUGUCACUCUGUGCCUGGCUGGCCACCCCAGCCCGUCACCUCGGGGCUCUCCUCUCCUACACCACCGGGGAAGGGCACAGCGAGCUGGCCAUGCAUGGCCCCGGUGGGGAUCGCCCUGGCUCCGCACGUUUCAUCCUGGGGGACGGGCAAUUUCGGGAGCUGCCGGUGGCACCGCUCCUGGAUGGCAAAUGGCACCACCUGUGCCUCACCUGGUCCUCCGGCCAGGGCCAGUAUCGCUUCUACAUGGACAGGAGGCUGCUGGCUGCCGGCUCCGGCUUCCAGCAGGGCUAUGAAAUUCCCACUGGUGGCUCGCUGGUGCUGGGCCGGGGGCAGGACGGCCCUAACAUGGACAUGGGCACUGGAGAGGUUUUUGUGGGUCACCUGGCUGGCUUGGCUCUCUGGAGACGGGCUCUCCUGCCCGGGGAGGUGGCCAGAAUGGUGACCGGGCUGUGGCUGCCCCGGGGCCCCCUCCUCACGCUGGCCGAUGCCUCCUUGCAGGGCGGGGUGCGGAGGGUGGCGUGUCCCUGCCUCCAGCACUGCCUUUGAGGAGGCUGUGGCAGGAAUGGUGCCGGCUACCAGCCGCUCCCGACACCAGCUGAAUCCUCCCAGGGCGAUGGGACACCCAGCAGGGAGAGCGCCUCAGAACCGGCACCACUGGGAGGGAAAAAGGGAAAGGGGUCU